AUGGCCUCCGAGAAGCCUGAAUACGUCGUCGACUCAGGCGAUGCCCACUCUGACGAGAAGGCACCUCGCCGUGGCUCCACUGCCAUCGGUGAGGCUGCUGACCUUUAUGGUGAUAUCCAGACUGCCGAGCAGUAUGGUUACGUCUCCAGAGGUCUGAAGUCGCGCCACAUCCAAUUCAUUGCCCUUGGUGGUACCAUUGGUACUGGUCUCUUCCUCGGUAUCGGAAAGGCCUUUGCCCACUCUGGUCCCCUGUCUGUUCUUCUCGGUUACACCUUCACUGGUAUUGCCAUCUUCGGUAUGAUGCAAUGUCUUGGUGAGAUGGCUACUUGGUUGCCUCUUCCUGGUGCCAUCCCUCAAUACUGCUCUCGUUACUGCGACCCCGCCAUGGGUUUCGCUACCGGUUGGAACAACUGGUACAACUCUGCCAUCACCCUCUGUGCUGAAAUUUCCGCCGCCGCCGUCGUUAUCGGCUACUGGAACGAUACCAUCAACCAAGCUGCAUGGAUCACCAUCAUUAUCGUUGUCGUCCUUGCGCUGAACAUCUUUGCCGUCUCCAUCUAUGGUGAGGCAGAGUUCAUCUUCGCCAGUAUCAAGAUCGUCACAAUUGUCGGCCUCCUGCUGGUUGCCCUCGUUAUCGAUCUUGGUGGUGCACCUAAGCAGGGCCGUCUGGGCUUCAGAUACUGGAUUACCCCUGACGCUGGCGGCAUGAAGGAGUACAUCGCCAAGGCUGACACUGGUCGUUUCCUCGGACUUUUCGCAACCCUCAUUAACGCCACUUUCUCUUACGGCGGUGUUGAGAUGGUCGCAGUCGCCGCCGGCGAGGCCGAGAACCCCAGAAAGAACAUUCCUAAGGCCGUCCGUCGUGUCUUCUGGCGUAUCCUGUUCUUCUACGUCCUCGGAUCACUCGCCAUCGGUGUCACAGUUAGCUCGGACAACCCUAACUUGACUGCCGGCGGAGUUGGUGCUAAGAGCUCUCCUUGGGUCAUCGCCAUCCAGUCUGCUGGUAUCCCCGCUUUGCCCUCCAUCAUAAAUGCUGUCAUCUUGACAUCCGCAUCUUCGUCGGCUAACGCUUUCCUGUUUACUGGUUCUCGUUACCUUUUCGCUCUCGCCCAAAACGGCCAAGCACCUAAGAUCUUCCUUACCUGCUCCAAGAGCGGUGUCCCUUACUACGCCGUCCUUCUUACCGCUUCCAUCUCGCUCCUUACCUACAUGAGUGUCAGCUCUGGCGCUAGCACCGUUUUCAACUGGUUCCAGAACUUGUGUUCCAUUGCCAACUUGAUCACCUGGAUCAACAUCUUGAUCGCCUACAUCCAGUUCCGCAAGGCAUUGAUCGCUCAAGGUGUUGACCGUAACAGCUUGGUCAUGAAGAGCAAGUGGCAGCCUUACACCGCUUACCUGUCCUUGGCCUACUUCUGCAUGAUCCUCCUCUUCAAUGGAUUUGCAGUCUUCACCAAGGGCAACUGGAGCAUUGAUGACUUCAUCACUGCUUACAUUGGUAUCCCCAUCUACAUCGCCCUCUACCUCUUCUGGAAGGUCUUCAAGCGUACUCCCUUCGUCAACCCUGCUACAGCAGACAUCUGGUCUGGCAAGGCAGCCAUGGAUGCCGAAGUCUGGGAGGAACAGAUCCCCAAGAACAUGCUCCAGAAGAUUUGGUACUGGAUCGCAUAAGCGAAUCGCUCUUGUCGGUUAUGUCGUUGAUGAAAAAUAUCCCUUGCUUUCCUGUUCAUAGAUUAU